UUUAUUUGGUUUUAUUGUUUACCGAAAUAGUCGUUUUAUACUGAUACUAGUGUCACUACGAUAGCAAAAACCAUUAUGACUUAUUUUGCUGUGAUAGGGGAAGUUUUCAUCUUUUGCUUUGCUGGAGAAUAUCUUAAUCUCAAGAGUAAAUCAAUCGCCGAUGCAGCAUACGAAUCUCUGUGGUACGAUUUACCGUUAAAUCAAAGGAAGAUUGUAAUGUUCAUAAUAAUGAGAUCUCAAAAACAAUUCGUCAUCACGGCAGGAAAAAUCACAAAUUUAUCUUUGGAAACUUUCACGCAUAUUAUAAAAGCAUCAGCCUCAUACGUGUCUGUCUUAAACGCAAUGUAUUGACAUUAACAAACAGUGAUUUGUUGAACUCGCAA